CAGUCCCUACUACUCCCAGUUUCAGUUUGUCGUUGGGCAUUCCAUGCGCUGGCGCCUGCCUAUCUGCUGAUUGGCGAAAAGCACACGAGGCUGCAUGCACCACCAUCCCCGGCUCACCACGUCACUCCGGCAACGUCGCGACUUCAUUGCGGCAUCUUGUAGUCGCCUGACUUCCCUUACACCUCGUCGAACUGGUGCAAAUUUCUGCUGGUCAAUGGGGCCGCCAAUCACUUCCUGCUCUGCUUCAAGGUCCAAUGCAAAUCUACGACCUUCUUGCUUCCAGCAGUCAUUCUCAUUUCCCCUCUUCCCACAUGAUCGCUGCCCUUCAUCUCGACCUAUCGUUUCGGCACAUAAACUCAACUGCAACAGUGCGUUGUCCCCCCAACGCACUGCACCUCAUCUAUUGUCCGUCCACUGGCAUCUUAACCUCUUCCCCGCAUUCCGUGUAUGUCAACAUUAGCGCCAUGUAAAGCGCUUCAUCGGGUGCGUGGGCGCGUGGCGUGGUUGCACAUCGACAUGCAGGGCCAGCGAAAUGGCCGCAGUGGUGCCCUAUGGUAAGCAAUGGAAGAUUGUGGUGAGCGAGGCAAGUGAAAUAAG